CUCACCCCCUGCCCCAUUGAUGUGUUAUUAUUGGGGGGGCUGGAGCAGUAAAAAAAGAAGAAGGAAAAAAAAGAGCGGGGCUGCUCGGCUGGGAGAGGUUGAGCGUGGGGCUCACGGGCAUCUCUGGCGAUGGAAGAACUUACGGCGUUCGUCUCGAAGUCUUUUGACCAGAAAGUGAAGGAGAAGAAGGAGGCUAUCACGUACCGGGAGGUGCUGGAGAGCGGGCCGCUGCGCGGGGCCAAGGAGCCGAGCGGCUGCUCGGAGCCGGGCCGCGACGACCGCAGCAGCCCGGCAGUCCGGGCGGCCGGCGGAGGCGGCGGCGGCGGCGGAGGAGGAGGCGGAGGAGGCGGAGGCGGAGGAGGAGCAGGCGGAGGAGCUGGAGGAGGAGGGCGCUCUCCCGUCCGGGAGCUGGACAUGGGCGCCGCCGAGAGAAGCAGGGAGCCGGGCAGCCCGCGGCUCACCGAGGUGUCCCCGGAGCUGAAGGAUCGCAAAGAGGAUGCGAAAGGGAUGGAGGACGAAGGCCAGACCAAAAUCAAGCAGAGGCGAAGUCGGACCAAUUUCACCCUGGAACAACUCAACGAGCUGGAGAGGCUUUUUGAUGAGACUCACUACCCGGACGCCUUCAUGCGUGAAGAACUGAGCCAACGGCUGGGGCUGUCCGAGGCCCGAGUGCAGGUUUGGUUUCAAAAUCGAAGAGCUAAAUGUAGAAAGCAAGAAAAUCAACUUCAUAAAGGCGUCCUCAUAGGGGCUGCCAGCCAAUUUGAAGCUUGUAGAGUAGCACCCUACGUCAAUGUAGGUGCUUUAAGGAUGCCAUUUCAGCAGGAUAGUCAUUGCAACGUGACGCCCUUGUCCUUUCAGGUUCAGGCGCAGCUGCAGCUGGACAGCGCCGUGGCGCACGCGCACCACCACCUGCACCCGCACCUGGCCGCGCACGCGCCCUACAUGAUGUUCCCGGCGCCGCCCUUCGGACUGCCGCUCGCCACGCUGGCUGCAGACUCAGCAUCUGCCGCCUCCGUCGUGGCUGCCGCUGCUGCUGCCAAGACUACCAGCAAGAACUCCAGCAUCGCGGAUCUCAGACUGAAAGCCAAAAAGCACGCGGCCGCCCUGGGUCUGUGACGGCAACGCCAGCGCCAGGGUCGCGCCUGCAGCACGGCGCGCAGCCUGCAUGCCCUCCGAGCCCCGCUGCUUCUCUGUUACCUGCCCCGGACCUCGGAAUCCGAGCCUCCUUCUGCCCCCGCCGAUGGCCCCUUGCACCCUUCUGCAUUCCGGACUCGGACGGCAGCACCCGGGAUCCCAAGAAGGGCACCAGCUUCGUGGCUCCUGACCAUUCACCUGUCUAGGGGCCUAGAAUUUGGCUUUGUAGGGAUGGGUUUGGGAAGUCUGAAGAGUGCUGGGACAGUGACGUGUGGCUUACGGUAAAACUGCAACGAUGGACUUUUGCGUAGAAAUAAAAAUCUUGUUAAUAAAAAAUGAGGGGGAAACUGUAGAAAAAACAAACCAGAGAGAAAAAGAGAAAGGGAACUUAUUGCUAUUCAGCAGAAGCUGAAAUCGGAGAACCAAGGAAUAAAAAAGAAAAAAAUAUUUUGUACAUUAAAACAUAUGGAAAAAUAACCGGGACAGAUCUCGAGAUAAUUGGGGCGGGAGUUACCAACUUAAAAGUGUAUGUUUGGUUUUUUUUUUUUUUUUUAAUGGGCUAAGAAGGCAAAACAGAAGGAAGAGGUAUACUUAUUUAAAGAAUAAGAUGAAAAAAAAAAUACGCAGCUGGGAAGUUCAUAGGUUUUGAAACUGACCUUUUUCUGCGAAGUUCACUUUAAUACAAGAAAUUUGAUAAGAGAGGCGGGCCUCCUUUUACGUUGAAUCAGAUGCUUUGAGUUAAAAACCACCACGUAUGGAAGAGCAAGAAGAGGGAAGACAGUAUAAAAACGAGGAGAUUAAAAAAAUGAUAUUAAUACAAAAAUGAUAACCACAGACAAUGAUUUCUCUGAGAAAUUGUUAUGGCAGAACUGUCCAGACUGCUGACAGUAAAGUCCAGUUUGCAUGUUGUAUUCCAUUGAUGGUGUCUCCCCGCCUCCCGCUUUACUCACACGCACUUAACUCCAUUUUCAUUUUCAGUAUGAAACACAAUAUCCAAAGCAUCUGAAAAUUGAUAUAUAUUUCUAUCUAUAUAUAUUUUUUGUCCCAUGUUUAAUCCUGGGGGGACAAAAGAAAAAAGUUUGAAGGGCAAAAAAGUUACACUCUGAUUGUCCCAAGACGACAGAGGCAAGUAGAAAAUGUGGGGAAAAGAAAAGAGAAAUGAUGAAGGUACAGCGCCUCACGUGGUGCCUGAUACACAGUGGGCGGUCAAUGAGUCCCCCUCUCCCCUUAUUCUUGUAUUCCCUCUUGCAGAUUUCCUGAAGUCCUGUUUGAGGACCCUGCUCUAUUUCCCCCUCUCAGUCCCAUCACACUCACUUUAAGCAACACCCAGCUAGAUACAGGCACUAAGUUUGUGUAAAAUAUGUUGAUACACACGAGCAAAGUUUAUUUUGGCUAUAAUGUGUGAACUAACGGUUGACUUUCAACAUUUGCAUUUUAUCUCACAAAGGUGUAUAUUCAAAUAUUUUUUUUGUUUGUCUCAAUUCAUGUAGCUAUUUAAACUGGGGUACCCUGGACUGAGCAAUCUGUAUCCCAAUUCUUUUAAAAGUCUCCUUAGUUUUUUUUUUUUUUUUAAUCCCUUCUAAUUUACAAGAAAGAGGAAAAGCUCUUUUAGCUGAACUUUGGUAUGCGGUUGAGCUUUGUAACUAUUUGUUCUCCAUGAAAACAAAAUUAUUUAUAUUUGCCAUAUUUUUUCUAGUGUAUUAAGUUAUUUUAAACAAAAGAAGAUGCUGUUAUUUCAUGACGUGUUGUCGACACAAAAUGUUUUGGUCUCACCUCUGUUAAACCUUUUAAAUAAGUGCCAAGUUAUUAAUUGAAGACACUUUGCGAUCAAUUGAAUGAAAAUAGUAUUGUUUCAUUUGAUGGGGUUCGCGUCAUCUUUAUUCCUGUUACUAUUAAACUAUCCAGGAUAGUCGUUCCUUCUUCCUUUUUGAUGAAUAUGUCUCUUUCUCGACUAUCUCUACUCAGCUUGGGAAAGAGCUUGCCUCUGCUCCUACGUGCGGCAAUCAAGGGGCGGUGAGAAGGAUGACUCUCGUGGCUCUCUGUAGCGCUGAGCGAAAAUCCCCCUCUCCUGCCCCGUUUUAUCCA